AUGCUUUCUUUUUACAGAGUACUUCAGAUUGGGCCAUCUACAUUUGAUGCAGAGUUAGCCUCGCGGAUUAUUGGGCCUAAUAUUUGGUUGAAGAACUUUGACAUGGACGCCAUGAUGUAUUUGUUUCGGGAGAAAACCACAUUGCGUCGGUGGAGUCCAGACCGAGUCGCAUUUUUGAACUGUAUGUUCAGUAAUCAGAUUAUCACGGCCUAUGGGAAGUUUGAUGGAAACAGGAGAGGGUACAAAAUCGACGACAAUUUUCUCGAGUAUGGAAGAGGCGAGCUUCCAUAUCAUGGAAGCACAGGUUCAGUAUGGAGCGUUGAUGUCGAUCGUCUCUACAUCCCUAUAUGUGUUAACCAAAUCCACUGGAUCUCUAUUUGCGUCAAUCUUGUGAACCGGACAAUUGAUGUCUUCGAUUGUGGGGGUAAGAAGAACAACAGGGUCAUCGAAGCUUUUGCCGUCCUCAUUCCACGAAUCGUCAAGGCAGUCCAGUCGCCAGAGAGGAAGAAAGAUUUCAAUGUGAAACAGUAUACUGUUUCAUAUGUCCCCAUGCGCGGCCUAAACAUGAGUGGUAAUGAUUGUGGUGCUUAUUCAUUGAAGUUCAUAGAGUGCCAUCUACUUGGAUUAGAUUUCUCAUUGGUGAACGACGAGAACAUCAAAGAAGCCCGACACAAGAUAGCUUUUGAUCUUUGGGAAGCAGCAAAUGAUGCGGUCUUGCAAUCUCGGAUGUCUACAUUUAAGCCUCCAAAACGUGCUCCGGUGAAACCUGUUGACCUCGGUUGACUUCAUGAUUUUUAGCUUGAUCCUCUUAGAUUUCAAGUUUGUUUCUUCUUUGGGUUUAAGACAUGGUUAAUUGAUUCUUACAUUACUCUUAUUGUUAUGGAAUUAUUGGUUUUUCUACUAUUUUACUGUUUCAUGAAUUACUUUAAGGAAAUAAAUCACAUAGGGUGUCAUUAUAUACUCUAAACCCUAAAAUACCGUAAACCCUAAAUCAGCUCCGAUUCAUACUCUAGAACCUAAAGUAACUUUGAUUCAUACCCUAAACCGUUUAUUAGCUAUGAUUCAUACACUAAACCGUUUAUUAGCUAUGAUUCAUACCCUAAAUCCUACAUUAACUAUGAUUCAUACCCUACACCCUAAAUUAGCUUGAAGUUAUAUCAAAAACUUUAGUAUAGAUAGGUUUCAAAUACAAUACCCUAAAUCACAUAAAGAAAGAAAAAUAAUUUUUUGUUUUAAAAAAUAAAAAUUAAGUAUAUUCAAAAGACGAUUUUAAGUUGGAGUUAUAGAAAUUCGUAUUUUCAAAAUUUGUCUUCUUACAAUUGUCAAAUGUCGAUUUUUGUGUAUUAGGGUGUAGUAUUUUACCAGUCAAUAUAAGGGUUAUAGAGUAUUAACCGUUUAUGGUUUAUACCCAGUAGGCCCACCCGAAAGUUAUUAAAACCCGACCCUGAACCCGGAUCCACACACCCCCAAAGACGUGAUUUUCUUUUCAGUUGUCGAAACCUAAGAAAAAUAAAUUUGAGAGAAAAGGGGAUUAGGGUUCUUUGUCUGCGAUUCCUGUGAGCCUCGAAACGAAUUAACAAUGACCAGUUCGACGACUUCUUCUGCUCGUUUUCCUCGCAUCUCUAAUCAUGGUGUGCCCACAAGAUGUUGGUGUGGCGAGGGUAUAACCACUUUUGGUUCAUCGACGGCGGAGAAUAGGUAUCGACGAUUCUACAGAUGUCAAAUCGCAAGAGAUGUAAGUCCAUGUUUCAAUUUUGUGUUCCACAUAACACCAUACUGACUGAUUUUUGGUUUCUUUUGCUAUAGAGAAAAACUGAGAAUCAUCUAUUUAAAUGGAUUGAUGAAGCUUUGAUUGACGAGAUACGGAUGGUAGAUGCGAAACAUGAGAGAGUUGCUCAAGAGAUUACAAAGUUUGAAGAAAGGGUUAUGGAAAAAGUGAAGUCCGAAAUUGUUAGAGUUGAAGCUGAGAUGUCAGAAAAGUUCAAAGAGAAGGUGAACUUGGAGAUUGCUAGAGUUGCACAGGAUAUGAAACAGAAGCUAAAGAUUACGACGGUUGCUAUGGUUGUUGUGGGAGCAAUCGUGGGAAUAUGGACUUCUCUUACUGUCUGAUCAAGUUUCAGUGAUUGGUUGCUUGUCGUUUGAGUUUGAUGGGUUCAAAAUAGCUUAAGAUUGCAUUAUUGUUUUCAUUAUGAUCGCCUAUAAUACACUUGAUGGCUUCUUGUUGACUCUCGGUUGCUGACUAUUAUCAGCUUCAGUUCACAAUCUAAUACUUUUCUUCUCCUUCAUGUUGUUUCAAAGCUAGUAGCUUCAGUUCACAAUUUUCUUCUCCUUCAUGUUGUUCACGAAGCUAGUAAAAAUACAAGAGAGAUAACACGAUGUCUAAUAUCCAUAACCAAGAACAAAAAAAUCCAAA